UUCAGUGUCAACCCACCUUUGGAAUUUCAGAGAAGAAGAAGAGGAAGCAAAUUAUAAUACGUAGAGUGUAGGUGCAGCACUGAAGAGUGAGAGAGAGAUUUCUUUCUUCCCCCGGUGAAGACUUUGACUUUGAGCUCUGGAAAUACAUGAAAUCUGGCGUGCCUUGUGUAACUAAGACCCCAUUCCUGUCUAAGCAUUUUUAAAGAGAGUAAGCCCCCCAGGAGGAAUAGUUGGAACUCACAGAAACCAAAGUCAGCCCCGUGGGAAACAAAGCUCUCCGGCUGCUCACGGUCACAGACAUGCAGCCGUUCACCGUUGUCAGUGCUCUUUUUCUCCUGCUCCACAUCUCCUCUGGGAGUGCAGACGCUCAUAGGCACUACCGACAAGUCCUUACUGGAAACCAAGCGGGUGUGUGUCGCUAUGGCAGGAGACUGGAGUGUUGCUAUGGCUGGAAGAAAAACAGUAAAGGCCAGUGCGAGGCUCUAUGUGAGCACGGCUGCAAGCACGGAGACUGUGUUGGCCCCAACAAAUGCAAGUGUUUCCCUGGAUACACCGGAAAGACGUGUAAUCAAGAUCUGAAUGAGUGUGGCCUCAAACCUCGUCCCUGUGAGCAUCGCUGCAUGAACAGCUAUGGAAGCUACAAGUGUUACUGUCUCAAUGGUUACACCUUGAUGCCUGAUGGAUCUUGUGCCAAUUCCAGGACAUGCUCUCUUGCUCACUGUCAAUAUGGCUGUGAGGAAGUUCAAGGGGAGAUUCGCUGCCUCUGCCCAUCUGCCGGGCUGCAACUUGGGCAAGAUGAGAGGACCUGCGUAGAUAUCGAUGAAUGUGUAACUGGGAAGAACCUCUGCCCAUACAACAGACAAUGUGUGAACACCUUUGGCAGCUACUACUGCAAGUGCCAGGAGGGCUUCGAUCUGAAAUAUGUUGACGGCAAAUAUGACUGUGUAGACCUUAAUGAGUGUGCAUCUGGCAACAACAAGUGCAGCCACCAUGCUGACUGUCUGAACACUCCAGGAUCCUACAAGUGCAGGUGCAAGUCUGGCUUCAGAGGCAAUGGCUUUGAAUGCUCUGUCAAGCCGUUUUAUCAGAGGUCGUGGGAUGGAGACAAAGGCAGUGCAGAUGAUUUCCUUAAUGCCAUCCCAGACUCCCAAGUGAGGCCCAGGAUUCUGGGAGGUAAGCUGAACAAGGAGGACAUCAAAAAUGUGAUUCCUGAACCGGUUGCGACGCCACCCCCUAGGAUCCGCCAGCAGCCUUUUGACUAUGAUGGAGAGGUCUACGUUGGCCCUCAGACUGAGGUGAGACAGGAAGAUGAAUUUCCUGAGGAAGAAGAAGAAGAGGAGGAGGAAGACGAAGACAACCAGCUCAAUCCAAGGGGAGAUGUUUUCAUAUCAGAGGACUUUGAAGCAGUUUUCGGCCCAACCAAAGAAGUCAAAGAAAUCCAAAUAACACCAGUUCAGGAAGAGUUUAUCAUGGAUUGCAACUUUGAUCAGGGGGCUUGUGAGUGGCUCCAAGACAAGGCUGAUGACAUAGACUGGAGCGUAGCCUACCACAAUGAUGGUGCUGCGUACUACAUGGCCAUGAGUGGGCUCAUAGGGGAGCAGGAGGAUAUAGCCAAGCUGAAGUUGCUCCUCAGUGACCGGGCCCAGCAGGGCAGCUUCUGCCUCACCUUUGACUACCGUGUGGUGGGCCACAAUGUGGGAACCCUCAGGGUGCUGCUGGAUAACAAUGCUUACCCUGUAUGGGAGCAGAGCCGAAGCAGAGACCAGGGGUGGCAGACGGAGCUCCUCACUGUGGCCUGGAAAGAGGAGGCACCAGAAUCUAUUGUCUUCGAAGCUCAGCGUGGGAAAGGUGUUGGAGGAGAGAUUGGGCUAGACAAUGUUGUGCUGACCUCAGGGCCCUGUCAAGAGGAUGUCAGCCCCAUCUUUUAAGAAUCUCCACGGCAGAUUUACAAUUUGAAAAUUUGCUCUAACUGACACAUGUCAAAGAUUCCUGUUUCCUGUCUGUAUUAUGGUGUUUUAAAAUGUGGUUAAGCCUCAGGACAUCCAGACACAAUGAUCUCAAGGGAAGUUUACGUACAGCCAGUGCAAGCAUGUUCAUUUUUAUCACCAUGCUGCUACGUCAAUACAUCCUGCUACAUUCUCUUUAUCGUGAUACGAUACAGACAACUCAGAUCUCAGGAAUACGUGGAAAUGUUAACUUUGCCUGUUAGUUAGGUUUAACAGUAUUGUGCUUAGUCAUUUGUUGUGUAUGUGAUAUUGCUGAAGUUAAUUGAAAAUAAUCUAUGACAUGUAAUGUGAAUUCUUAGGUGAAUUAUAUCAGAAAUUCAAUCUUAUAUGAAUAUCUUUUUUUGAAGGCUGGUUAGUUUAAAUGCUAAAAAUUAUCAGUGCAUAUCUGCUGUACAUUGUGCUUUCAUAUUAAACUGUACUACUGCAUUAAAUCUGUUUUUUUUCUAA